ACCUCACUGGAGAACCUGACUGGCUGCAGAGGAAAGAAUUAACGAUGCCAACAACAAGGUUUCCCCAGCAAAUGGCCCAGCCCGAUCAUCUUCACGAAAACUCACCUGCCCCAGGACUCAGUGCUUCCAGUUAGUUUUUAGAUCCCGCCUCUCGGAAGAUGCACUAUUAUAGAUACUCUAACGCCGAGGUCAGCUGCUGGUAUAAGUACCUCCUUUUCAGCUACAACAUCGUCUUCUGGUUGGCUGGAGUUGUCUUCCUUGGAGUCGGACUGUGGGCAUGGAGCGAAAAGGGGGUGCUGUCCGACCUCACCAAAGUGACCCGGCUGCACGGAAUCGACCCUGUCGUGCUGGUCCUGAUGGUGGGCGUGGUGAUGUUCACGCUGGGGUUCGCUGGCUGCGUGGGGGCCCUGCGGGAGAACAUCUGCCUGCUCAAGUUUUUCUGUGGCACCAUCGUGCUCAUCUUCUUCCUGGAGCUGGCCGUGGCCGUGCUGGCCUUCCUCUUCCAGGACUGGGUGCGGGACCGGUUCCGGGAGUUCUUCGAGAGCAACAUCAGAUCCUACCGGGACGACAUUGACCUGCAGAACCUCAUUGACUCCCUGCAGAAAGCUAACCAGUGCUGCGGUGCCUAUGGCCCUGAAGACUGGGACCUCAACGUCUAUUUCAAUUGCAGCGGCGCCAGCUACAGCCGCGAGAAGUGUGGGGUGCCCUUCUCCUGCUGCGUGCCGGACCCUGCGCAAAAAGUUGUGAACACGCAGUGCGGAUAUGAUGUCAGGACCCAGCUGAAGAGCAAGUGGGACGAGUCCAUCUUCACAAAAGGGUGCAUCCAGGCACUGGAGGGCUGGCUUCCACGCAAUAUUUACAUCGUGGCCGGCGUCUUUAUCGCCAUCUCCCUGCUACAGAUAUUUGGCAUCUUCCUGGCGAAGACCUUGAUCUCGGACAUUGAGGCCGUGAAGGCAGGCCAUCACUUCUGAGGGACAGAGGUGAGCAAGCAGAGCUGAGCCACGCCGUGGAGGCCAGAGCCCUUCCCCAUUGUCACCUCCGUGUCCAGAGGGAGGAAGUGGAUGCACCCAGCCAGAGCCGGAGCCCUGUCUUCGGCAUCAGCGUGACAUGACCUCUCUCUUCUGUUUGCUGGUGCUGAAGGCUGAGGGCCCCCCCCUCUAACCCGCACAAACUUGUGACCGAGACGCUCUCCCCCCGCCACCACUUGGGGUCUACCCAGAGACGGAGAACGUGUCUUUAAGCGGGGCUGGCAACUGAGGGACAGAAGGUUCCUGUGGCUGUGAAGGGGGCCUGACUCAGUUCUCCUGGAGACUGACUCUGUCUGCGGGGCACCCUGACCGCCCCACUCAUGUUAUCGGUGCCGGCCCGGAGGGCAGCCAUCUGCUGUGAGUGGGACAUGGGUGGGGGGGGGGGGGUGGACCAGAAGACACGGACAAGGCUUCUCCCAGCAGCAGAAGGGUGCUGCCUGUAAUUGGGGAGGGGAAGGGACACAAGUGGACCGUGCCAGCGGAGCCUGUGGUGUCUGCACGACUCGGGGAUGUUUGCAGGAUCCUCAGCCACGUUCAAGUAAGCCUGAGCCAUGUGUGGACCGGUGCCACGGAGGACCUCCUCUGCCGCCCCUUCCAGGGCAGGAACUGCCCCUCGUCUCAAUAGCAUUAUGCCCAGAUGGCACGGGGGCAUGGGCAGGGUUCUCCUCUGAGAGUCGGCUCUUCUUUUCUUAAAGCGUGUAAAUAGUUUAUUUAUAGGGAUAAGAAUGUUCUCACACCAUUUCUUCAUUUCCUCUGGCAUUCCCUCUAAGCAGCCUUACGCGGUGUCUGGGACUGAAGCCAUCCCUUUCAGUUCCUUUGAGUGUCUCAAGACCCGACCCCAUCAGCUUCUCCUUUUCAUCCCUAAUGACCCAGGUGCACACGCGCGCUCCCCCUUCCUCCGUGCACCCCCCAGCACACACGCACCCGCGCCCCUCCCCUGCUUGGCCUCACUGUCUUCUGGUCUUGGUGCUACUGAAACUGUCAUCCGGAACUUGAAUCCUGACCUCCCCCCCUCCCCGCUGCGAGGCCGAGGAGCCCCAGCCUGAGAGAGCCGGCCCGGAACCUUUGACCAGGGCAGCUUUCGAGGCCACAUGGUCAGGGCCGCUGGCCGGCCUGGCAUUUGCCUCCCCCGGAGUGAAUCUAGCCCGGCUCCUGCGUGGAGCCGCAGACCCCAGCCUGCAGCUGUGUAGAAGCUCGGGAUGGUUUUUUUUUUUUUUCCUCCCCUAACUUUUGUGAUGACCUCCCCCCACUGUCCCCAAACAGGAUAUCUGUGGUGACCGUGUCUACCCUUCUUGGCAGGGCUAUCCUGGGGCUUGCUCUUGGAAAUGAAGUCUGUCUGAUGUACUGAAUGGUUCCCCCCCCCCCGCCAGGGACAGCUGGGGCAUUUGUGCAUCUCUGGGCUACUUUCUAACGCUUCUCUGGAUCUCGUGCCCGUUCUGUCCUCAUCGUUCAGGGAUCGAGUGCUACCUUCACUUACUCGCAGAAGUGUACAUGCUAGUGUGGUGUAUCCUGGUGGGUGUUUGUUGAUGAUGUUAUGAUACAGUUUUUUUGUUGUUGUUGUUGUUGUUGUUUUUAUAGUUUUCUCUGUAGACUAGAGGAAGAAGGAUGCUUGUGUUUUCAGGAAGUGUAAUGCUUUUCUUUGACCGCCAAACUCUUUUAUGGAAUAUAUCUUUGUAUUAA